AUGAACAGACCAGUACGAGUGUGCGAUUUCGCUGAGCACGUGCGACUGAUGUCAGCUGAUUCGGACUUUCGAUUUUCCGAAGAGUAUGAAGAUUUGAAAUUGGUUGGCCAUGGGCAAACAUGUAUCGCCGCCGAUUUGACGGUGAAUCGGGCGAAGAAUCGCUUCACCAACAUAUUGCCGUAUGACCAUUCUCGCGUGAAGCUAAUUCCGGUGGACGACGAUGACGGCUCAGACUACGUUAAUGCAUCAUACAUUCCUGUAUGUUCAUCACUGACAUAUUUUAAAAGCUUCUGCAAGCGCUGUCGUUUGUGA